CUGCACGUUCUGCACAUGUACUCCAGAACUUAAAGUAUAAUUUUAAAAAAGUAAAAUUGUAUGUGAAUAAAAGGAAGGGCUGUCCGGAGGUGACAGGUUCAAACAGGACUCUCUGGGAUUUUCUUCUUGGCCUAGGGAGUCCAGUUUCUUUCAAGUUGUAUUCUUGCCAGUGAAGAGGUGAGAUAUCAUCCAGAACUCAAAAGGGCAUGAUGCCUUCUUGCUCUUAGAAGUUUACGAAAAGCAGUAGCAUGGAGAGACUAAGACCCAGGACUUUGAACUUGGACUGACCUGAGGUAUUGCUUCAGCAUUUCUUAGCUGAGUGACCUUUGGCAAUUACUUAACCUCUCUGAGCUUUGUCUUUCUCGUCUUUAAUUAAAAGACAAAUACUUAACCCCUUCCUGGAGUUCUUUGAGGGUGAGAUGCAUCAGAUUUGAGGCUAAAGAGUAGGGCCAGGAUAGAAACUUAAGGGCCUUUGAAUGCAGAGCUAAUAUGGGUAACUUUUCUUCUACGGACUGGGACCAGCAGAAGCUUCCACUGAGAAGAGGGAAUAUGUGAACCUAUCUGUAUUAACCAAAGUGCCAGGUGAUGGAUCCAGAAUACACAGCUCUUUUAAAAUGGUCUGCACCAGAAGAGAAUUUUUUGGCUAAUACUAAUCACUUAAUUAAAUGGCAGAUGCUAGUUAAUAAUAAUUAUAAGUAAAAUAGUGAUGAUGAUGAUGAUGAUGAAAGGUUCAGCUUUCUUCCUGCCUUAUUUCAAAGUCAACCCGACACUCCAGUGUUUGACCGGCACCUCCAUAUUCAUUUCAAGGUGGUAGCAGCUCUUGGUGGGCCCCUCUUACCCUGGCUACCCACGUGACUCCCCCUAGUGGGUGCCCUGGGAGCCAUGUUUGUCUCCCACCCCCAUCCCUGCCCAAGGCCAUGUGGAUGGGGGCGGGCGGGCAGUUGCGCACUCCCGGGGGGUGUGUAGGGGGGUGCCAGCCUCAGCCCCGAGCGUGAAUAGCGUGCAUUGACGCCGCUGCCGCCCAAGCGCGCUGGGGACACCCUGGCUGAGCCUCCUGCCUACGAGCCCCAUAAAAGGAGCAGCUGCCGCCAGGCAGCUCAGACGCACUGGGAUGAGGCGGGCGGCUACCGACCGCGCGCCUGGGCUCCGGCAGUGACUGAGGCGGACCUCGGGGCCGCUCGGGGGACCGCAGGCACAACCCGAUCUCCCAGAGAAGGAGAAGUGCCUGGCGUGGACUAUAACUUUCUGACUGUAAAGGAGUUCUUGGACCUCGAGCAGAGCGGGACUCUUCUGGAAGUCGGCACCUAUGAAGGAAACUAUUAUGGGACACCCAAGCCUCCUAGCCAGCCAGUCAGUGGGAAAGUGAUCACGACGGAUGCCUUGCAAAGCCUUCAGUCUGGCUCUAAGCAGUCGACCCCGAAGAGAACCAAGUCCUACAAUGAUAUGCAAAAUGCUGGCAUAGUCCAUGCGGAGAAUGAGGAAGAGGAUGAUGUUCCUGAAAUGAACAGUAGCUUUACAGCCGAUUCUGGUGAACAAGACGAGCACACUCUCCAAGAAACGGCACUACCACCUGUGAAUAGUAGCAUCAUCGCUGCUCCCAUCACGGACCCUUCUCAGAAGUUCCCUCAAUACCUACCUCUUUCUGCAGAGGAUAAUUUAGGUCCUCUACCUGAAAACUGGGAGAUGGCCUAUACCGAAAAUGGAGAAGUCUAUUUUAUAGACCAUAACACGAAAACAACUUCUUGGUUAGACCCUCGGUGCCUGAACAAGCAGCAGAAGCCUCUGGAAGAGUGUGAAGAUGAUGAAGAAGGGGUACACACCGAGGAGCUGGACAGUGAACUAGAACUGCCUGCUGGUUGGGAAAAGAUCGAAGACCCUGUCUAUGGUAUCUACUAUGUAGACCACAUCAACAGGAAGACACAGUAUGAAAAUCCAGUUCUAGAAGCCAAGCGGAAGAAGCAGCUUGAGCAGCAGCAGCAGCAGCAGCAGCAGCAGCAGCAACAACAGCAGCAACAGCAGCAACAGCAGCAGCAGCAGCAGCCCCAGCAGACGGAAGAAUGGACAGAAGAUCACUCAGCCCUUGUGCCUCCUGUUAUUCCAAACCACCCCACAAGCAAUCCAGAACCAGCCAGAGAAGCUCCACUUCAGGGCAAACCCUUUUUUACACGAAACCCUUCUGAGUUGAAAGGCAAGUUCAUUCACACGAAGCUGCGGAAAAGCAGUCGUGGCUUUGGCUUCACGGUGGUUGGAGGGGAUGAACCUGACGAGUUUCUCCAGAUCAAGAGCUUGGUCCUAGAUGGUCCUGCUGCAUUGGAUGGCAAGAUGGAAACAGGGGAUGUGAUUGUCAGUGUGAAUGACACCUGUGUUUUGGGACACACACAUGCUCAAGUUGUGAAGAUCUUCCAGUCUAUCCCCAUUGGUGCCAGCGUGGACCUUGAGCUCUGCCGAGGUUAUCCAUUGCCUUUUGAUCCAGAUGACCCCAAUACAAGUUUAGUGACCUCGGUAGCCAUUUUGGAUAAAGAGCCAAUUAUUGUGAAUGGGCAAGAGACCUAUGAUUCACCAGCUAGCCACAGUAGCAAAACAGGCAAAGUCAAUGGCAUGAAGGAUGCCAGGCCAAGCAGCCCAGCGGACGUGGCUUCAAGUAGUUCUCAUGGUUAUCCUAAUGACACUGUUUCUUUGGCUUCCUCCAUAGCCACUCAGCCAGAACUCAUAACUGUUCAUAUCGUCAAAGGGCCAAUGGGCUUUGGUUUUACUAUUGCAGACAGUCCUGGUGGGGGUGGCCAAAGAGUGAAACAGAUUGUUGACAGCCCAAGGUGCCGAGGCCUGAAAGAAGGGGAUCUCAUAGUGGAAGUUAAUAAGAAGAACGUGCAGGCUCUAACUCACAACCAAGUGGUGGAUAUGCUGGUUGAGUGUCCUAAGGGGAGUGAGGUCACAUUGUUGGUGCAACGAGGAGGACUGCCAGUUCCCAAGAAGAGCCCAAAGUCGCAACCACUGGAAAGGAAAGACAGCCAGAAUAGUUCUCAGCACAGUGUUUCCAGCCACCGGAGCCUGCACACAGCAUCCCCAAGCCACAGCACACAGGUGCUCCCCGAGUUCCCACCUGCAGAGGCCCAAGCUCCAGAUCAAACUGACAGCUCUGGCCAGAAAAAACCAGAUCCUUUUAAAAUCUGGGCCCAGUCCAGGAGCAUGUAUGAAAACCGACCUAUGUCACCUUCACCUGCAUCGGGAUUGAGCAAGGGUGAGAGAGAGAGAGAAAACAAUUCCACGAAUUUUGGAGAAUGUCCGAUUCCAGAUUACCAGGAACAGGACAUCUUCCUCUGGAGAAAAGAGACUGGAUUUGGAUUUAGGAUUCUGGGUGGAAAUGAACCAGGGGAACCUAUUUAUAUUGGUCACAUCGUACCAUUGGGUGCUGCUGAUACAGACGGCCGCCUGAGGUCUGGAGAUGAAUUAAUCUGUGUGGAUGGGACGCCAGUAAUUGGAAAAUCACACCAGCUUGUGGUCCAGCUUAUGCAACAAGCUGCCAAGCAAGGCCACGUCAAUCUCACGGUGCGGCGUAAAGUGGUUUUUGCGGUGCCCAAAACCGAGAACGAGGUGCCCUCACCAGCCUCCUCUCAUCACAGUAGCAACCAGCCGGCCUCGCUGACAGAAGAGAAGCGCACACCGCAGGGCAGCCAGAACUCGCUGAACACGGUGAGCUCAGGCAGCGGCAGCACCAGCGGCAUCGGCAGCGGCGGCGGCGGGGGCAGCGGUGUGGUCAGCACCGUAGUGCAGCCCUACGACGUGGAGAUCCGGCGCGGGGAGAACGAGGGCUUCGGCUUCGUCAUCGUGUCCUCGGUGAGCAGGCCCGAAGCAGGCACGACCUUUGCAGGCAAUGCAUGUGUGGCUAUGCCUCACAAAAUAGGUCGGAUUAUUGAGGGGAGCCCUGCUGACCGCUGUGGCAAGCUGAAAGUAGGAGACCGGAUCUUGGCAGUAAAUGGAUGUUCCAUCACCAACAAAUCCCAUUCAGACAUUGUGAACCUAAUCAAGGAAGCAGGAAACACAGUUACCCUCCGCAUCAUUCCUGGGGAUGAGUCCUCGAAUGCAACCUUGCUGACCAAUGCAGAGAAGAUCGCCACCAUCACCACCACACAUACCCCUUCUCAGCAGGGGGCCCAGGAGACAAGGAAUACCACCAAACCAAAGCAGGAAUCUCAGUUUGAGUUCAAAGCUCCCCAGGCAACACAGGAGCAAGACUUUUACACUGUGGAACUGGAAAGAGGAGCCAAGGGAUUUGGCUUUAGCCUUCGAGGGGGCCGAGAGUAUAAUAUGGACCUCUACGUUCUGCGCUUAGCAGAGGAUGGUCCUGCAGAGAGGUGUGGAAAGAUGAGGAUUGGUGAUGAAAUUUUAGAGAUCAAUGGUGAGACCACCAAAAACAUGAAGCAUUCUCGAGCUAUAGAACUGAUUAAGAAUGGUGGCCGCAGAGUUCGUCUGUUUCUGAAGCGGGGAGAUGGCUCAGUACCAGAAUAUGACCCCAGCAGCGACCGCCACGGCCCCGCCACCGGUCCACAAGGUGUUCCGGAAGUGAGGGCCGGGCCCAACCGCCGGCAGCAUCCGUCAUUGGAGUCCAGUUACCUACCCGAUCUUCACAAAUCAUCACCACAUGGGGAAAAGCGGGAACACGCGAGGGAUCCGAAAGGCAGCAGGGAGUAUAGCAGACAACCCAAUGAACACCACACCUGGAAUGGGACUUCGAGGAAACCCGACAGCGGGGCAUGCCGACCCAAGGACCGGGCGCCGGAGGGACUGAGGGACGCGCAGGCCGAGCGCGCGGCGGCCGCCAACGGCCCCAAGAGGCGGUCCCCGGAGAAGCGGAGGGAGGGCACCCGCAGCGCCGACAACACUUUGGAGAGGAGGGAGAAGCACGACAAGAGACGAGAGGUCUCUCCCGAGCGGAGGCGAGAGCGGUCACCCACCCGCAGGAGAGACGGCUCGCCCAGCCGGCGGAGACGGUCUCUGGAGAGACUCCUGGAGCAGAGGAGGUCCCCCGAGCGCAGGAGAGGAGGCUCGCCCGAGCGCAGGGCCAAGUCUACCGACCGGAGGCGCGCGCGCUCCCCUGAGCGCAGGAGAGAGCGGUCCCUGGACAAAAGGAACAGAGAGGACAGAGCCAGCCACCGAGAAAGGGAAGAGGUGAAUCUGAAACAGGAUGCUGGCAGAAGUUCCAGACAUCCCCCGGAGCAGAGAAGGCGACCUUACAAAGAAUGUAGCACCGACCUCAGUAUCUGAGACGCUGAGUCACAUUCCAACCUUUACCGUGUCAAAGGUUCUAAGAGGAAGGUCACAAACCUGAAAUUAUUUAGUUUCUUAUCUAAUGAAGCAUCUGACACCUGAUGAUCCUAUGAAUAACAACAAACAUUUUAUGCAUUUGAAAUCUUAUAAGAAAAAAAUAUAUGAAAAGUAUUGUGCCUGAUGUAUCAUAUUAAAGAAAGUAUUUUUAAAUGCAUACUUUUUUGGAAAUUAUUUGCCAAAUGCUGGCCCAAAGGGAUAUAAAUUUUGUUGCUACGUAACCUGUAGAAUCGUCAAGAAUCGUUCCCAUUUUUGGGCAAUCUUUUUCUCUCCUGGUUAAAUGGGGCUGUUGAUCAUUUUCUCUAAGUAAGGGAAUUUAUUGAUUAAGUUUAAUUAAUUUGAUAUGGAGUGUUAUGUAGUGAUGUAGUGCUAUACUGUAGUCAGGAGUUUUUCUUAAAAGCAGAGAGCAAAAAGGCAAAGUUUUAUUUGUAAAAGCUGAGGACCCUUUGGGAUGGAUUAAGUUUGCUGAUGAUCCUAAAAUUAAGCAAACUGUAUGACAAGACUACUAUUGCAAAUGAAGGAUAUUUAUAGCUGAACUGUGCAGCACAAAGUUUUAUAUUGUGAGUUAUAGUUGGUUCAGAAAACAGUUUGUACUCUCCCUGGCCCAGGAAGGCACAGAGACAAAAAUGUCGGCUACCUUUACCUAAUACAGCCCAAGCACAGUCAGGUUCAUGAUCAUCUCCAAUAUCUAAUAAAGUCUCAUUUAAGGCAAUGCCAUCACAGCUUUGCUCAGUUACUGCAAGAAACAGACAACAAGCAUCUUCCAUGUUGUCUCAUUGGAAGCUGAAUAGUAGAUGGAAUGGGGACAGCAUGCCUGGUGUGAGGAUAAGAUCUCCAAUUUGGAAAGCAUGGCCCCCGUUUUUAGUAUAAGCCCAUGGUUGCCCUUUGCCAAAUUGGGGAAGAGGGAAUGAGCCUUGGUGGAAGGAACCUCUCUGUUGAUAUCUAAAGAAUUGAGGGCUGUGGAUAUUCAUUCUUAGAAAUGCCAAUUUCUCCUUGAAACCAUAGUCCAAGUCUCUAGGUUGGUGGAAGGAAAAGAAAGGAAGUGGUCCCAGUGGUUCUAGAUCUGGUUGGGAAACUUCUGCCUCAUGACUCUGUCCUUUGAGUCUUUGGACAGCAGCACAAAACAUAAUGAUUUUUCUUUUUGAACAGACCCAUUCUUUUUGAUGCCACAGGAGUUGUGGUUGGGUCGGCCAUAGCCCCGGGAUGUGGUUUAAGUGGAUUACUGCCUAGCUGAGCCAAAAUGUUUGCUUGUACCUGUUGGACCACUACAGCAAACCUGCUUACAGUGCAUUGUGUAUUUCUGUAGUACUUUUGCAUUUUCCAUACAGACAGAAAACUUUGCAAGUCAAUCACUGUUGUUCCCAUGGUACUGUAAGAAAAAAAAGGAAAAAGAAAAAAAAAAGGAAAACCAGCCAAUCAUUGCGUGUACAGAGCUAAAAAUUGUAAUUAAUAGAGCCUGUUGGGAAAAAAAAAGAAAACAACUGUUGCCUUUUUUUCUUGUAUAAAAGAGAAUUUAUGACAAAAAUUUAGCUGUGAGGAAUGUGAUAUGUGUUUAUAUUUCUGAAUAUGGAACAAAUUGAUUCAUGGGGAUAUAUUUUAAUGUAAACUAAAUCAGGUAUGUAAAGUUGUUUUAAAAUGGGAGACUAUAUAAGCAAUUCUCUAAAGCUUUAGUUGGUUUGAAUUAUCAUCAUUUCCUCCAUGGUGAGCCUGCUUGUGAAUUAUUAAGCACUUGUUUGCAUUCUCUGUUUUUCACUCAUUUAUUUCUUGCAGUGUGCUAUGGACUUAAUGCUCUUUCUGUAUUGAUGAAAAGCAGUAUGUGGGCCAAUCUUUUUAUAAAACACUAUGCAUAUAUAAAUAUUACAUUGUUCAUAGCUUUAUUUGACUUAUGGGUUUAUACAUAACAUUAGAAUGAGUAGCUAUAGUUGUGUGGACAUUUAAAAAGAAGUUCCUUUCCUGGAACAGACACAAUACACAUUCUAUAGCUAAAAAGGAGGGAAAAGUCUGUGAAUGCUAUUUUUAUUAUUAAAGUUUUCCAUACAAAGCAUACAUUGAGCUGUAGUAAGGCUGAGGAAGAGUACAACUGAAUAAUGAUGUUCUUUUCCAUCAAAUUCCUGAGAGUCGACUUGGAGAUUUUAUUCCCAAGACUCUACUGCUAGGAUUCUUCUCACUAGUUCUAACAAAAUCUGUGAUGUUAAAUGACUUAUACUCUCAAUUGUGGUCCAGAGUUUUAAAUAAAUGAAAUCAAGGUGGAUUUGGGGAGUAUAUCCUGAAGUUAACAUCUCGAUGUCCUUCUUGUUGUAAGAUGAUAUUUGACAUUUUUAAAUCUAUGUGCUACCCACCUGGGCUUGUCUCAAUCUGUGGACUUUUUGGUGUGGCAGUUUCACCUGAAUUCCACACAUCAUAUUUGUUUGGAAAUAUUGUACUGUAUAGGGACUAUGCAUUAAGCAGAAAGAGUUUUCGUUGAACUACUGUAACCUUAAAUUGGAAACUGAUUCUUGUGAACCUACUUUCCUUAAUCCCGCUCCUCUACUUAAUGUAAAUGUCUUGAUGAGAGAUGAUGGAUGAGUAUUUUGUAUGAUGAAAUCAAAUGAUUUAGGCAUUUAUCUCCCUCCAUUACACAGUUGAUGCCUGAAAGAAUGUUGGGGGGGAGGACUCAACACCCUAAUUGUAUUUUUUAAGUUUCUUUUGUGAAAGAUUUUUUAAUGCAUUUUUACUGUAAAAAUACAUGGAAAUGUAUGCAUUCCACAACCAC